UCUUGCUUGGAUAUGACCUCCCAAAUUACCUAUCACUACUGUCCUCUCAUCUAUAAGGCAUCCUAUCACUACUGUCCUCUCAUCUAUAAGGCAUCCUAUCACUACUGUACUCUCACUCUCAUCUAUAAGGCAUCCUAUCACUACUGUCCUCUCGUCUAUAAGGCAUCCUAUCACUACUGUCCUCUCAUCUAUAAGGCAUCCUAUCACUACUGUACUCUCACUCUCAUCUAUAAGGCAUCCUAUCACUACUGUACUCAUGUCUAUAAGUCAUCCUAUCACUACUGUCCUCUCAUCUAUAAGGCAUCCUAUCACUACUGUACUCUCAUCUAUAAGGCAUCCUAUCACUACUGUACUCUCACUCUCAUCUAUAAGGCAUCCUAUCACUACUGUCCUCUCAUCUAUAAGGCAUCCUAUCACUACUGUCCUCUCAUCUAUAAGGCAUCCUAUCACUACUGUACUCUCAUCUAUAAGGCAUCCUAUCACUACUGUACUCUCACUCUCAUCUAUAAGGCAUCCUAUCACUACUGUACUCUCACUCUCAUCUAUAAGGCAUCCUAUCACUACUGUACUCUCACUCUCAUCUAUAAGGCAUCCUAUCACUACUGUCCUCUCAUCUAUAAGGCAUCCUAUCACUACUGUACUCUCAUCUAUAAGGCAUCCUAUCACUACUGUACUCUCACUCUCAUCUAUAAGGCAUCCUAUCACUACUGUACUCUCACUCUCAUCUAUAAGGCAUCCUAUCACUACUGUACUCUCACUCUCAUCUAUAAGGCAUCCUAUCACUACUGUCCUCAUGUCUAUAAGGCAUCCUAUCACUACUGUACUCUCAUCUAUAAGGCAUCCUAUCACUACUGUCCUCUCAUCUAUAAGGCAUCCUAUCACUACUGUCCUCUCAUGUCUAUAAGGCAUCCUAUCACUACUGUCCUCUCAUCUAUAAGGCAUCCUAUCACUACUGUACUCUCAUCUAUAAGGCAUCCUAUCACUACUGUACUCUCACUCUCAUCUAUAAGGCAUCCUAUCACUACUGUCCUCUCAUCUAUAAGGCAUCCUAUCACUACUGUCCUCUCAUCUAUAAGGCAUCCUAUCACUACUGUACUCUCAUCUAUAAGGCAUCCUAUCACUACUGUCCUCUCAUCUAUAAGGCAUCCUAUCACUACUGUCCUCAUGUCUAUAAGGCAUCCUAUCACUACUGUCCUCUCAUCUAUAAGGCAUCCUAUCACUACUGUACUCAUGUCUAUAAGGCAUCCUAUCACUACUGUCCUCUCAUCUAUAAGGCAUCCUAUCACUACUGUCCUCUCACUCUCAUCUAUAAGGCAUCCUAUCACUACUGUACUCAUCUAUAAGGCAUCCUAUUACUACUGUCCUCUCAUCUAUAAGGCAUCCUAUCACUACUGUCCUCUCAUCUAUAAGGCAUCCUAUCACUACUGUCCUCUCAUCUAUAAGGCAUCCUAUCACUACUGUACUCAUGUCUAUAAGGCAUCCUAUCACUACUGUCCUCUCACUCUCAUCUAUAAGGCAUCCUAUCACUACUGUCCUCUCAUCUAUAAGGCAUCCUAUCACUACUGUCCUCUCAUGUCUAUAAGGCAUCCUAUCACUACUGUCCUCUCAUCUAUAAGGCAUCCUAUCACUACUGUCCUCUCAUCUAUAAGGCAUCCUAUCACUACUGUCCUCAUCUAUAAGGCAUCCUAUCACUACUGUACUCUCAUCUAUAAGGCAUCCUAUCACUACUGUCCUCUCAGUUCCAGGACUGGCGGCGGUUGGCGUCAGGAGCCGCGGGCCACGGGUGUUGACAGCGCCCCCUUGAGAGAAGGAAAGAGUGAGCUCUCGGGCCCCCCCUCCCACUGCACCUCCAACCACGCCAGCAAUGCUAACCCCGGGGUGGACCGUCUCCUAGCAACCGCCACUGCGUUCCCCCCAGGAGGGUUCCGGAAGUCCGCACGCUCACACGCCCAGUGCGAGAAGUUGCAAGCAAUUUGCUGGACUCCGCUGAACUUCAGCUGUGAGUAUCCUCAUGAGUAG